UCGGAGGCUGCAAUGAACGAGAUAUGGGCCCAGUAUGUGAUGGCGAGGAAUGUCACCAUUACUUCAUCACCUCAGCAAAGUCAGGGGACCAAUCCAUCAACGAAGACACCGAUAUUGGCCCACGAUCGGACACCAGCUCAGCGUGCAGAGUACAAGAAACUGAAGGUACUCCUGAACGAGAGAAUCAGCAGCGGAGAAACCAAUCUACGUAUUGUUUACAGGGAAGAAGUUCCUUUGAUAGUUCGAAUCAAGGACGCAGCUCAAAGAAAUCGCCAAUAAUUUUAUCUGUCUAUUAUCAAAAUGUACGGGGUAUGAAUUCCAAACUUAAUACAUUCUUAACUUCCCCCGACAUUCUCUCAUAUGAUAUUGUUGCAAUCACCGAGUCCUGGUUGAGCUCGUCGGUACACUCUCACGAGGCUUUUGAUUCCCAAUGCUUUUUUGUCUAUCGUAAUGAUCGUGUAGAUCGUAUCGGCGGUGGUGUAUUACUCGCAAUUAGAUCUAACUUGAAAUCGAUGCUCUUUCCAUUAUUGAACUAUCCUGCUGAGCUGUCUGACAUAAACAUUAUCUGUGUAAAAGUGGAGUCACUGCAUAAGCCUUUUUAUAUCAUACUUUUUUAUAUUUCACCUAACAAUAAACUUACGGUGUAUCAAACCCUGUAUGACUACAUCAUGAGUCUUCGCAAACUCUGGAACAAGCGUAUUUUAGUGCUUGGUGAUUUCAAUAUACCGAGCUUUAUAAAUUUUUCUGUCCUCAACCCACUACACGCUGCAACGUCUGCUUUUCUCCAUUUCUACAACUUAACUCAAUACAGUCAGAUUGUCAAUAUAAUAAAAAUAAACUGCUAGACCUCGUGCUAUCAAACUUAUGUGUAACAGUCGUGCGCUCAGAAUUUCCUAUCGUACCCGAGGAUCCGUAUCACCCUUCGCUAUACAUCGAAAUCUAUUUUACUGAGCGUUCAAUUAUUACUCUCAAUGAUGCAAAAUCUGAGUCCUGUAAAGAUCCCUCUUUCAACUUUAAAUGCUGUGAUUUGCCUAAAUUAAUAAAUAAUUUAAUGUCCUGUACUUGGGAAAAUGUAUUUCGCUCCCUAAACGUUGAUGAUGCCUGCCAUGAAUUUUAUAGAACCAUAUUCGAGCUUUUUGAGAUUUGUGUGCCUAAAUUUAAACCUAGGCGUAUUGCGCUGAGUUAUCCCUCUUGGUUUACACGUCAUAUUAUAUUAUUGGUUAAAUCUAAGGAUAAAUACAGGCUAAAAGCAAAACGAUCGGGUCGUACCGAUGAUCUGGAUAAUUAUAAAGCUAUUCGGAACGAGCUAAAGCAUCAAAUUGUAAAUGCGCAUAAGGACUAUAUUUCACGUAUUGAAAACUGCAUCUCAUCCUCUCCUGCAUCCUUCUGGUCUUUUGUUAACCAAUCGAAUAAGGCGAAGCGUAUACCUGAAGUUAUGUACCGAAAUGAUAUUGAAAUUACCGGCCCAAAGAAUAUUCUUAAUGCAUUCAGGGAUUUCUUCAGCUCUGUUUACAUUGGUAAUAAUAGCUCUUGGAUUGAUAGUGUGUGCUGCGCUAAUGUGACUGUGGCUGGGAAAUUUAUCACCCUGGAUGCAGUGAGAAAAGCUAUCCGCUCUCUUCCGAAUAAGUUAAUUGCAGGCUUGGACGGCAUUCCUGCCUCCAUAAUCAAACACUGCUGGUUAUAUUUUAGUUUACCGCUGACUCAUAUAUGUAAUUUAAUAAUUAGCAGUGGCCACUUUCCACCCGUUUGGAAGAAAGCUCGUAUCACGCCUGUGUUUAAAAAGGGUGCGCGCGAGAUCAUUGAUAACUACAGGCCUAUCACUAUUUUAUGUAAUUUUUCGAAAAUUUUCGAGAAAUGUUUAUAUGCCAUAAUUAUGCGAGCGUUCCUGCCCAUUCUCAGCGAUUGUCAGCAUGGCUUUGUAUCUGGACGGUCAACGACUACAAACCUACUUACUUUUCUUCAAAUAGCUUGUAACUCACUUGCGGUUUGUGGUCAAUUAGACAUUAUUUAUACUAAUUUCAGCAAAGCGUUCGAUGUUUUAGAUCACGGUGUUAUCUUAUCUAAGCUUAAGCGACUUGACCUACACUGCAAUAUCGUUCGUACCGUCGAGUCCUAUUUACAAAAUAGAUCUCAUGCAGUAGUAUAUGAUGGUGUCAGCUCUGAUCCUUUUUGUCCGUCCUCUGGUGUGCCACAGGGCUCCAACCUAGGACCUUUACUUUUUGUUAUUUCUAUUAAUGAUAUUGCAGUUCCUCUUAAUUGUUUCUACCUUUUUUACGCGGAUGAUGCGAAAUUAUUUUUGCCAAUUGCUUCGAUUGCUGAUUGUGUGAAUUUACAAAGUAAUAUUGAUAAAUUCGUCUCGCAGUGUGAUCUUUUUAAGCUUUCUCUGAAUCCAGGGAAAUGUGUUGUAAUGACGAUAUCACGUAAAAAUGACCCCAUCAUAUUCGAUUACACCAUAAAUGGAGUUUGCUUACAGCGAGUUAACGUUUUUAAA